AAAUAAAGACUUAUUAAGGACUGGUUUGAAAAUGUUUUGUUCAAAAUGUGGUAGAGAGGCAAAAGUAAAAUCGAAUUUUUGUUCGAAUUGUGGAACAGAGCUUUGUGGAAAUUCUGAGGAAGGACCAAGUACUAGUGUUGGAAAGACAACUUUAGAUUAUAGUACGCAAGGUGUACCUAAAGGUCUACACCCCACUGGUAGAAAUAUAAAGUCAUUUGCUGACUAUAGAAAGGCAAAAGGGAAACAGUGGAAAAAAUCUGUCUCAACAAAAAAUCCUGAUGAAGACAAACCUAACACUAAAUCAAAAGAGCGAGAUGUGUGCAUUAACAUUGGUCUAUUAGAAUGGAAUAGCAAGGACAAUGUUCUCAAACCAAAAAGGGGUAAGAAGUUGGUGCUGCGAGUAUCCAACAAGGCAAACUAUAAAACAGUCUGUAGUAAAGCUAUAUUAAAGUGGAAAGCUUUUUAUUCCCACUUGUACUCUGAAAGUGAUGAGUAUGUCAUGCUAUAUGAGAAUGGAGAAGAAGCCAUUUUUUUGCCUGGUUCUGCAAAAGAAUUCUUUUCCCUAGAAAGAUAUCAACAAGAAUUAGGUAAAGAUUAUAAUAGGAUUACUUUAUUCCUGUGCACAUCUUUGGAUUACAACAUUUCUAAAGGCUUGAAUGACAGUGACGAAGACAAUGCUAUUUUCAAUUGUGAUAUGCCUGGUGUUUUAAGUGCUAAGUCUGAAUCUCCUGAUUUCCAGCCAAAUGCAAAAUUCCCAAAACUUGAUAGUAAUACGGAACAAAAUGACAAAGAGAACAAUGAGCUGCAAAUAGAGAACGAUGAGAGAUUAGCAAUUCAGCUCCAGCAAAGGUUUGAAGAUGAAUUGGAAGAUGACAAGAACAAUGAGGCAAGUAGCAUACCUAUAGUCCAUGUAGAGGAUUGCAAAGAAGAUGGGAUAGACCAUACCAUACAUGUAGUUCAUGAAAUAGAUAAAUGUGAUGAAACGAAAGAAGAAUUUACUAACGAAGCAUCAGUCAUACAACAUCUAGAAAAGCAUACUGAUAACGAGAACCAAUUCUUCCUUGUCAUAAGAAGAAAAGUACCUUUCCAUAGAGCGCUUCUCUUAUGGCAACGUGAGGCAAAGAAAUCAUCCCCUAUGCGGAAACUCACAGUCAAAUAUAUUGGCGAAGAUGGUAUUGAUACAGGGGCACUUGCUAGGGAGUUUCUUACUGACGCCAUUGAUAAUAUGCGCUCUAUUAUGUUUCCUAAUGGAUGCCCUUUCGACUCCACAUACCAUAUCCAGAAUGGAAAUUUCCGUACAUGUGGCCAGAUAGCUGCUGUAAGUCUGGCACAGGGUGGUCCUAGUCCAUCUCUUUUUGACGAAUGUGUUUAUGAAACACUUGUCAAUCCAGAUAUUGAUAUGAUGAAACUUAGCACUGACAAACACCUUGCAAAGAGUGAGAAGGUACUGAUAGAAGGCAUUAUAAGUGAUGUGAAGGGAAACGAGACCACAAUAAUGGACAAUGGUUACACCGGUUUAAUCAAUGAUGCACAUGUUGAUGAAAUAGUUAAGUCUAUUGUUAUUAACCUUAUUAACAAGAGAAUCUUGUACCUAAAUGAGUUUUUGCAAGGCUUAUCAUUAUAUGGAUUUGAUAAAAUUCUCAGGAAAGCUCCAGACAAAGUCAAGUCCUUAUUUGUUCAAGGAUCUACCCAAGAUGACAUUGACGCAAAUUAUCUUUUUUCCUGCAUGGAGCCAGUAUAUUCGGAAGAAGGCACCAGCAGAAGAGUACAAGAGGAAAAGGUUGUUGAUAAUUUCCAGGAUUUUCUUAUGAGCAUUGAAGAUACAGAGGUUACUGGGUAUUCAGCACCUGUUGCAUGGAAUUACCAAGAUAAAGAUGAAGAGCAGGUAAUUUCUGAUGUUUUACCUGAAGAAAGAUUUGAAACAGCAGAGGUGAAUGUGCCUGGGGUUAUGAAAUGGCUCACUGGCCAAAAGCACAAGCCUUUAAGUGGCAAGAAGUUGGUGAUUAGCGUUUUGUUUGAUCAUGACUGUCAAUCAAGGGACCCAAAGCAUACUAUCUGCUAUCCAUUAAUUGGGGCCUGCGGAAUGCAGAUUACAUUUCCCAUUGCCCAUAUGGUGGAUGCAGCAGAAUUUCAUAAAAAUUUAUUAAUAGCUUACUCAAAAGGUCAGGCAUUCGGUAAGCCAUGAACAUGCAUUAGAUUUUUCCGUAUAAUAAUGGGGCUGUUGUUAUUGUUGUUGGGUUAACAUGCAUCUUUGGGCCAGUUGUAUCACAGUUAUACAAAAACUGGAUAGCACUAUUCACCACAUAGGAUUUUUUAGUGUUCUAAAUAUGCUUGAAAGCGCUAAAGCCACAAAUUUGGAGCUAACAACUGCUAAAGAGUACCUGCAAUUUAAGAAUGCUAAGGUUUAAGCCAUUACGCUGAACGACCAUAGGCAGCCCAGAAAUCUGUUUAUACUCAGUCUUCGACUGCAUUGUUUACGCGCGCGGUCAGCUUGUCUGUACUAACUACUGUCUGUACUUAUAUAUUGAUAUAUAAUACAGUAAUCAGUAGACAGAAGAAGCCUGUACUAACUACUGUAUUAUAUAUUGAUAUAUAAUACAGUAAUCAGUACAGACAGUAGAAGCUGACUGCGCGCGUAAACAAUGCAGUCGAAGACUGAGUAUAAACAGAUAUCUGGGCUGCCUAUAGAACGACAGGCAAUUUUUAAGCAUUAAAAAAAUACUAUAUAGUAGGUAACGUUA